AAGCGUAUAGAUAUGCGUCUGUGGUCGACUUCAUUGUCCAGACUUGCAUACCACAUGAGCCCAUACUAGCCCAAGCCCAACGAUUUUCAAAUCCACAAUCCAGAGAUAUCUUCAAGACAAGAUGCCUGUACCCACCACCCGCGCAUACAACGAAUUGGACGAGUUCGAACGUCACGUCCACAGCCUAACCGAGGGUCCUCCCCCCUUAGACCCCGACAACAAAACAUGGGACUACUCCCCGCAAGCCUGCAACCUGCGCUUCGAGUCCGCGACUCGUGGUGCCGGGGCCGGCGGCCCCGCACGAUGCUCCUACCUGUUCACCACCGUGCCGGCGCUCUGUAACUUCGCCGGCAACUUGCACGGCGGCUGCGCCGCCACCAUGGUGGACUGCCUCACCUCGGUGCUGAUCCUGGCGCUGUCGAGCCCCGGCCGCUUCUCGACGGCGGGGACCACGCGAAACCUCCACUUGACCUACAUCCGUCCCGUGCCCGUGGGGACGGAGAUGCGGCUGAUCUGCGAGAUGGUCAAUAUGGGCCAGCGGAUGGCGCUGGUGAAGGCGGAGAUCUGUCGCGCGGAGGAUGGAAAGGUCUGUAUUGUGGCGGACCAUGAGAAAGUCAACCUGGAUGGCUCGUCGAUGUGAAGAGGGACUGACUGGCUGGCUGGGAGGGGCAAUGUUGGUUUGUUGCACCCGUCGGUCGACACUAGCGCUUGUUGUACUACUUCCUCUCUCUUCUAUCUA